AUGGGCCUCACAGUCCACCACCUCGGUCACUCCCAAUCCGACCGCGUCGUCUUCCUUUGCGAAGAACUCGGCAUCCCAUACGAACUCAAGAAAUACGACCGCUCUCCUCUCCUCGCACCUCCAGAGCUCAAGAAACUUCAUCCCAUCGAAGCCUCCCCCGUUAUCGAAGACGACGGCGGAGUCGUCCUAGCCGAAACCCAAGCCUGCUUCGAGUACAUCGCCCACGUCCACGGCGGAGGCAAAUUCUUCGUCAGACCCGGCGAGAAAAACUACGCAGAUUUCCUCUACUACUACAAUGUCGCCAAUGGGACCUUGCAACCCGCCAUCGGCCGAAUCAUGGCCUUGAACUUCGCAGGCAUCAAUCGCGGUAGCGAUAAUCCACUAUUCCAGCGCUUCGACGCAAAAAUCCAACAAGUCUAUGGCAUGCUUAAUAAGCGUGUCAAAGAAGUUCCUUGGCUCGCUGGAGAGGAAUUCACCGCUGCGGAUAUGAUGAUGAUUUGGUCUUUGACGGGCAUGAGAGAAUUUGUACCGAGCGAUUUGAGCGCCUAUCCGGAUCUGUUGAAGUAUAUGAAGAAAGUUGUUGAUCGACCGGCUUAUAGGAAGUAUUUGGAGAAGGGUGAUCCGGAUAUCGCGGAGUAUAUUGAGAAGAGUAUUUCUGCGGAAGGGCCGCCGAAGUUUAAGAAUAUAAAGCGAGAGAACAGGCUUUAG